CUCCCGCCUGGAUGGGAGGCGGAAGGGAGUCCCGUUCCUGUUGUUUUCCUCGAGCGGCAGUGGGUGGCGGGCACAGGGGGCGGGGUGCGCCCUCCUAGCCCGGUACGGGCGCUCCGGAGAGAGAGUCGAGCCGGGAGCCCAGCGCACAGCUCCCAACCCCAACGUCGGACUCACCCCAAGCAUCCUUCCUGGGGGCUGCGGAAAGUAGAGCUUUUCUGUCGUUCCGAGGACCUGGGAGGAGCACUUGGUACCCUAGGGGCCGGAUCCCUGGGGGUCGCACACCCAGCCCAGCCAGACUCUGUGUUUCCUGAGGAGCCCCUGCCCGCAUCUGGGGCGAGAUGGCCGCACGGGUGUCCGAGACUUGGGUCCUCGUCUGCCUCGGGGCGCUGCUGGCCCGCUGGGUCGCCGCAGGAUUGGAGGCUGUCGUCAUUGGAGAAGUGCACGAGGACAUUACCCUGCACUGUGGCAACAUCUCGGGACAGAGGGGUCUAGUGACCUGGUACCGGAAUGAUUCGGAGCCUGUCUUCCUCCUGUCCUCCAAUUCCAGCCUCCCACCAGCCAAGCCGCGCUUCUCCCUGGAGAAUGCCAGCUCCCUGCACAUCGAGGCGCUGAGCCUGCAGGAUGAGGGGAACUACACCUGCUGGGAGGUCUUGAAUAAGACUCGGUGGUUCCGAGUGUGGCUGCAGGUGGCCAGCGGUCCCGACCAGGUGGAAGUCAACAUCUCCACCACCGGCGUGCUCCCCAAUGGCACCCUGUAUGUAGCCAAGGGCUCCCACGUGGACUUCACCUGCAGCAGCAGCUCCCGGCCUCCGCCCCUGGUGGAGUGGUGGUUCCAGGCCCCGGACUCCAGGGCUGAGCCCUUUGGAAACAACCUGACGGUCAGCAGCUUCACCCUGCUACUGAUGUCACAAAACCUCCAAGGGAACUACACCUGUGUGGCCACGAACAACCUCAGUAGGAGACAUCGAAAGGUGACCACCGAGCUCCUGGUCUACUAUCCCCCUCCAUCAGCCCUUCAGUGCUGGGCAGAGAUAUCACCAGGAUCGUUCAUGCUGCAGCUCACCUGUCUCUGGGAUGGCGGCUACCCAGACCCUAACUUCUUGUGGACAGAAGAGCCAGGAGGUGUGAUCGUGGGGACGUCAAAUUUGGGAGUGGAGAUGCUGAACCGGUCCCAGCUGUCAGAUGGCAGGAAGUUCAAAUGUGUUGGGAGACACAUAGUGGGGCCUGAGUCGGGAGCCAGCUGCAUGGUACAAAUCAAGAGUCCCUCCAUUCUCUCUGAGCCCAUGAAGACUUGCCUCGUGGGGGGCAAUGUGACGCUCACCUGCCAGGUGACUGGAGCCUACCCCCUGGCCAAGAUCCUGUGGCUGAGGAACCUCACCCAGCCUGAGAUGAUCGUCCAGCCCAGCAGCCACCAUCUCAUCUCCGUGACUGGCCAGAGCUCCACCCUCACCAUCCGGAACUGCUCCCAGGACCUGGAUGAGGGCUACUAUGUCUGCCGGGCUGAGAACCCCGUGGGGGUGAGGGAAGUGGACAUCUGGCUGAGUGUGAAAGAACCUUUAAACAUCGUGGGAAUUGUGGGAACCAUCGUGAGCCUCCUUCUGCUGGGACUGGCCAUUAUCUCAGGGCUUAUGUUGUAUUAUAGCCCUGUGUUCUGCUGGAAAUUAGGAAACACUUUCAGGGGGCAAGACAUGGGUGAUGUCAUGGUUUUGGUGGAAUCCGAGGAAGAGAUGGAGGAGGAAGAAGAUGCUGCAGAAGAGGAGGAAGAGGUGGAAGAGGAAGCAAAUGAGAGGGAGGAGUUGCCAAAAGAAAUACCCACGCAUGGCCACAUUCAUAGAGUGACCGCACUGGUGAAUGGGAAUGUGGACUGGAUGGACAAUGGCCUCCAGGCUCUGCAAGAUGACAGCAGUGAGCAGCAGAGUGACGUCACUCAAGAAGAAGACAGGCCAGUUUGAAGAAGAGCACUGUCCUUCAUUAUCCUGUCUUGAAAGCUUGGGAAGCUCCAGUGAAGAUGAGCUUUUCCUUUUGCUUUGACUUAACUUGCACCCCUGCCUGAGGGCUUAAAAUGGUUUGGGGCUCUCAGCAACACACACACACACACACACACACACACACACACAUGCGCGCACACACACACAUACACACACACCUACACACCUUUCCUUCCAUUUUUUAAAAAAAUUGGUUUGAUAUGCUCUAACAUUUCUCAGUGUUAAAAAGCUUUGGGAAUGGGUAGUGUGUUGGGGAAAGCUGCGUUUGGCAUCUGAAGUGCCCUUUUCACUCUGACUCCUGGCUUUAUCCAGGUUGAAUGAUGCUGAUUUGGGGGGAGCCAGAGUGGGAGGAGGCCCUGGGCCUCACUGUCCUUUGCCACUAUGAAAGGUCUGUAACCAGCUUACCUCAGCACACCAGGGGAUAGUGUGGGGUGAUCGGGGCACUUCCUUUAUCACUGCCCAGGUAAGCUGAGGAACCAGGUAAAAAUGUCAGCUCACUGGAAAAGGUGAGGAGGUGUUAGCUACUGAUGCUACUUGGAGGCAGUUAGGUUUAGGUUUUGGAGUUGGAAACAUCUGGGCUUGAAUCUGGGUCCUGCUGCUUGUUUCACGGGCUUGGGCAUGUGGCUUUACCUCUCCCCGUGGGCCUCAACUGCCUUUUCUCCAAAAUAGGUUAAAUCACAUCUACCUUACAGGGUGACGGUGGGGACUAAAUUAGGUACUUUUGGACGUGAAAGUGCCUAGCAGGUGCUCAAUAGAUGAUAUUCUUUAUCUCUUCCUUUGCCUUCCCUAGUGGAAGAAAAAAUGUCAACUCUAAGUUGCAAGCUGUUGCCUGAGCCUUUCAUUCUUCUUUUGUAGAAUGGUUUCAGAUGAGAGUAUUAUCAGAGCUCUUCUGACUACGUUUGCUUCCCUGGAGAUCUAAUUCUUUUCAAAAGAGGUAGUGGCCCAUAAGAGGAAGUGUCUUUCAUUAGAACCUCACAUUUUGCAGAGCCUCAUAUUUAUACAAAAUCCUCUUAGGUGAAACACUAUUAGCUUUCAGCUUUUCCCCUUCUUCCUUUCUCCUGUGGCUUUGAAAGAAAACAGGAGAAAAAUGUUUCGUAAGGGAGUAUCUGGUGAUAAGUACUCCUUGGGCAGACCAGUUCAUCUGGCCUGUUUCUCAAUCUCAGAAAUGGGAAUGGGGAAACUUGUUUCCUUCCUCUUCCUCAAGGAUAUUAUGGGGAUACACUGAUCACUAAUGCUAAGUUUCGAAUGAAAAAUAACCUGUGAUGAGUUUAAGCUGCUGAUGGCUUCCAGUAAAACCCUAUACAGUUUAGAGAUUUUUUUUUUUGCCCAAUUUCAAAUCUCUUUUAAAUGCCAUGGGCCUUAUAAGGGUGCAAAGGGUGUGUGCUAAGCAUAAAAAUCUGACUUGAAUUUGCAUUCUUUAAUAUUGCAUAUCCUGCUCUGGUGGGCAAGACUUACGGCUUAAAGAACUUCCCUUCUCCAGUAAUAGGGACUGGGGCUCCUGGGACAACUGGGGCUCCACACUGGUUGUCUGCAUGGUUACCCAGG